AUUAAGAUCAGGUUUGCUAUCACUCUUUCUGCCUUUAAAUCACUCAGGUUACUUUCAAUGUGGCUCUAAGUAGACUUUGAACACGUGUUACAGUUAGUAUCAGUGUUAGUUAGCGGCAGCACGUGUAUCACUCGUUUAAAUGCCUCCACACAGGAACAAGAGGAGGCUUUCUAUGUUUUUGACUCAUUCAAAGUCUGCAUUCCUCCUUUUUAAGACCUCAACGACCUCAAGGAGUUAACCGUUCUCUUAAACGUGUACCUAUAUAAGUGCUUGGACAUCUUUAAAGGUAAUUAAUAUCCUCUGUUGUUUUAGGCAAUGCUUCUGAAGUCAGUAAAUGAGAGCAACAAGCAAUGGCACAGAUCCCCUCAUCUGUGUUCGAGUGCGAGCUGAAUGGAGCGUCAGAGGCGAUGGAUCUGCUACAGAUCGAUGUGGAGACUGAUGUGGUGGAGGACAGGCCAGAGAGAGAAGAUGCAGGAUGUUCAAGGAAUGUAUUGAGGAAGCAGCGGAACUGGGAAAGACAGCUGGCAGCCAAGAAAAACAGGAGAAAAGAAGAAAAGCAGAGGAGGAAGCUCAACCGUGAGCAGGAGUCAGGUACAAGCAGAGAUAAUCCUCACGUCACCAAACGGGUCAUGAAAGUGAUCACCAAGGAGCGUUUGGCCGAGGCUCAGUCCACAGGGCUCAAACUGUGCGUUGAUUUGAGUAUGACUGACAGCAUGUCUGACAAGGAGGUAAGUCGACUGGCUGGUCAGUUAAGAAGGCUGUACGGUUCUAACAAGAAGGCAACGCAACCGUUUCAUCUUUUUUUGACGGACCUGAGAGAGGACAGUCGUCUCUACAGGGAGUGCGUACGGAUGAACGAAGGCUUCCUCAAUUAUGUGAUGGAUAUAACAGAAGAAAGCUGUCUGGACCUUUUUCCUCCAGAAACAAUCGUCUACCUCACACCAGACGCUGAAGAAGCUUUACAAACUGUGGAUGCUGACAAGGUGUACGUCCUCGGAGGUCUGGUGGAUGAAAGUAUCCAGAAGAAGUUGAGCUUCUCCAGGGCCACAGAGCUGAGUGUCCACACGGCGAGGCUGCCCCUAGAUGAGUACAUGGUGAAGAAAAGCAACGCCAAGAACUUCCACUCAAAGAUCCUUGCUGUUAAUCAAGUGUUUGACAUCUUAUUGACUUUCUGCGACACCGGCAGCUGGACAGAAGCCCUGCAGGCAUGGUUCCCCCUGGGGAAGGGUUAUGUUGUUGCACCAGAGGAUUCCAAACCACUUUCUGUCCCUCAAACAAAAACAUGACUCGCUGAGUGAUGCAGUUUAUUAGCCCAGUUUUACAUUAACAGAUUUAAACUCUAACAGGGUGAGUAAGACUGAUUACAGUCCUGGUAAGAUUACAGGUAGACCACCAGACUCUGAUUAGAGACCCGUCCUUAACAACAGUCUGUUCUCCAUAGUUAUAACAGACCAGUGCCAUGAAAUAAAGCUCUUUAACGACCAAUCAGAAUCAAGUGCUUAACACAGCUGUGAAAUUGUCAGGCUUCAUUCACAACCUGUUUUAGGUUAUGAAUAAAACUUGACAAUUGCAAGCAUCUUAAGUACUGGAGGAGAUUUAAAACAAUAUAAGUGCCUGGUAAGUUCAUAAAAUCACACUUAGGUUUGUAAAUAAAAAUAAAAAUAGUCAUACUUUGAUGCAGGAAAAGCUAUCACUUAUUUUUUAUGACUAAAAUGAAAUUUUUUUAAAGACAGCUUCGUAAACUAAUUUGUGCGAAAGAGCUGAGACAUCGAUUGAAAUUUAAGUAGUCACACAAAUGUCGGGCAUAUAGCAAGAAUAUUUAUACUAGUAACAGGAUCAUGAUUCAUUAUCCAGGGGUGUCUAAGGGAUCAAUUGAUAAUGUCGACCUUUGACAUGACUCUUCUUCUCAGGUUUUUAUUUAAAAAUCUUAAUACAAAUGUAUGUUUGUUUAUAAAUGCAAUGACUCCAUGUAUUGACAUUUCGAUUGUCGCAUACACUACCGGUCAUACGUUUGGACACCUUCUCAUUCAGGGGGUUUAUUUAAACAUUUUUUAAACACUGUAGAUUAAUACUGAAGACAUCAAAACUAUUAAAGAACAUAUAUGGAAUUAUUCAAUUAACAAAAAAAGUGUUAAACAAAGCAGAAUAUGUCUUAUAUUUUAGUUUCUGUAAAGUAGCCGCCUUUUCCCUUCAUGACAGCUUUGCAGACUCUUGGUAUUCUCUCAGUCUGCUUCAUGAAGUGGUCUCCUGGAAUGGUUUCUAAUGAACAUGAGCCUUGUCAAGAGUUCAUUUGUAGAAUGACUUGCUUCCUUAAUGUGUUUGAGACCAUCAGUUGUGUUGUUCAGAGGUAGGGUUAGUACACAAUGCAGUGUUUCCCCUAGGUUUACAAUGUUUUUUGUCACUAACGCACACCGGGGGGUUAAAAUCCUCAAUCAAGAUGAGGAGACUGGUUCACACAGCACACCUGCUGCAGGUAGAGACCAAGCUAACACUGAGCCCCCCCAAUAAUAACUCAGCCUGUCACAGGAAUGCAUAGCUUUAAUUUCUAAAGAUUAGACACACAGCGGGGGAAAAUAUGAACUCUUCAUGUCCGACGGUCCUUCUUAAGUUUUCAUCAGAGUUUGGAUUAUCAGUGAUGCACUUCAGCUCGUCAUAGUCUCGUUUUCGUCUUGGAAAAACCGAGUUGUUGAUAAACAUUUAUCGUAUCUUUGUGAUGUGUGUAUGUGAACGCACAUGUUUGUGUGUCUGUGUGCGCAUGGAGCGGAACGCUGCCAUGUGAUACAGAGAGCAGAGGAGCAUAAUGACAUCCCGUCAUGUAAAUAAGAUAAAUAACAUAAGGAUAUUUAGUCUGUUUAAUAAAAGAACAAGUUAUAGACCUGAUCUAUAAGAGAGGUAACCCUCAAUUACUUCUGCUGUGAUCUGGCGCUAUAUAGAAAAUAAAAUUUACUGAACUUCCAAGGGGGACGGGGGGCGCUGUUGGGGGGGCGCCCAGCCCCCCCUGUAUAAUGGUAGGGGAAACACUGCAAUGGAUAGCCCUAUUUGACUUCUGUUGUAAUCCAUAUUAUGGCAAAACCAGAUUAUUUCAUAGUUUUGAUGUCUUCAGUAUUAAUCUACAAUGUUGAAAAUAAUUAAAAUAAAUAAAAAACAUUGAAUGAGAAGGUGUGUCCAAACUUGACUGGUAGUGUAAUUAUGUUGAAGCUAGGGAUGUUCUGAAAAAAGAACAUUUAAAUUCCGGUUGGCUGACGAGUCUAAAGGUAAGCAAACAAUUAGAUAACAGUCAACAUUGGGCACAGUUUGUUGAAGACGGUUAAACACGGGAUCACCGAGUCUGGGUAAACAAUGUCGAGUGUUGGCCGAGAGUGGCUAGAGUUAGCAGAGCUAGCACCACCGGCCUUCAGACACAGCCUACACACAACUUAAUCAAAACACAAAACCUUGCCGUGCGACAAGAGGCCAUCUGUGCUUGUUUACAUCCGAGUCGUAGAGCUUUAUAGCAUUAUGGUAUUAUGGCAGAAGCAGCUAGUGGAGGAUGGCUGUGCUACAGCUUAGACAGAACAUAUGACCAGCAUUUCAGGCCAACAAUACAAAAAAUAUUAAAAACUUGUUUAACUGAUAAGUAAGUCUGGUGCCAACUAGGGAGGGUGACAACGUUUAAUCGUCAGCUAAACGCACAUGCCUAGCUGAGGCAAAUUGAAAGUAUGUUUGUAUUUGAGGACGUAAUCAUUCUUUGUUUAGAUGAAACCAGUGGUGUCUAUGAUGCAAAUUUUAAAUGUGGACCUUUAAUAGUUGAGAACAUUCUGUGUCCCUCUCACAUUGUAUUUUUGAAUGUUUUGUACCAGAGGGAAGUCUCUUCUCAAACCCAUCCGUCCAAUAAAUUAUUACACACAA